AUGACAGCGGCAGCUCACGCUCUCACGGAGCGUACGAGAUCGCUCUUUAGCGAUGAUUUUGGCGAGAUAACAACAGAUCCCAACAGCCUCCCCAUUUCCAUCUCAUACAAACGAAAAGUCGAAUAUGAAAGUGUCCGCGACCUACCCAAAGCCCUCGCCGAGAAACAGGCAAAAGCUGCUGCAGCGCGAGGACCAAAGAGACCUAAAGUUCAACAACAAUUUGGCGCCGACGGGAAUCAAAUGGCCUUGGUCAAGAGCGAAGGAAAACAACCGGGGUCGUCAAGCCAAACAAAUGGUGGGACAGGGAAUAGUCUGAUUCGCAGACCAAACAUGCAACAACAUCGACCGGAGUGGCAUGCGCCCUGGAAAUUGAUGAGAGUCAUAUCUGGACAUCUCGGCUGGGUGCGCGCUUUGGCCGUCGAGCCUGGGAAUCAAUGGUUCGCAUCAGGCGCAGGAGAUCGGACGAUCAAGAUCUGGGAUCUAGCCUCGGGACAACUUCGACUCACACUCACCGGCCACAUAUCUACGGUUCGGGGCCUAGCUGUAUCGCCGCGCCAUCCUUACUUGUUCUCAUGCGGAGAAGACAAGAUGGUGAAGUGCUGGGACUUGGAAACGAACAAAGUCAUCCGCCAUUAUCAUGGCCAUUUAUCUGGCGUCUACGCGCUUUCAUUACACCCGACUCUCGAUGUGCUUGUUACCGGCGGUCGAGACGGUGUUGCGCGUGUAUGGGACAUGCGAACGCGAUCUAAUAUCCAUGUUCUCAGCGGCCACAAGGGCACCGUCACCGACGUCAAGUGUCAGGAGGCCGAUCCGCAAGUCAUCUCGUCUAGUCUCGACAGCACAGUGCGCCUCUGGGAUCUCGCGGCCGGCAAAACCGUGGGGGUCUUAACGCAUCACAAAAAGGGUGUGAGAGCCCUGGCAAUCCACCCGAAAGAAUUCACCUUCGCCUCUGGAUCUGCGGGAUCCAUCAAGCAGUGGAAGUGUCCCGAAGGUGCUUUCAUGCAGAAUUUCGACGGCCACAAUGCGAUCAUCAACACGCUAGCGGUUAAUGAGGACAACGUCCUUUUCAGUGGCGGUGAUAAUGGGAGUAUUUCGUUCUGGGACUGGAAGACGGGGUAUCGGUUUCAGACGACGGAAUCGGUGGCACAGCCCGGCUCUUUGGAUGCUGAGGCAGGCAUCAUGAGCAGUACAUUCGAUCAGACGGGGCUGCGCUUGAUUAUGGGAGAGGCAGAUAAGACGAUCAAGAUCUGGCGACCGGACCCUGAGGCGACGCCUGAGACGCAUCCGUUGGAUUGGAAGCCGACAUUGGGGAGGAUGAAAUAUUGA